AUGGCUACUACCACCACCUCUGCUCCAUCGCGCGAAAAGGACGCGGAUAGUAAACAUGUGGAGCAUAUCGGUGAACGGAAAGACGUCCAGCAAGUCCAAGUGGCCUCUGUCGAUUUCCAGAAUGCAUUGCUGGAGGAAAAGCUGAACCCGUGGAGUUGGAGCUCGGUGACUCUGUACGGGGUCAUCUUGGUAACGACGCUGAUCCCGAUGGUACUAGACUGCUGCAUGAAUGGGUUUGAUGGCACACUCAUGAGCAGCAUCAACGCCAUGCCUUGGUUCCACCGUCACUUCGGAACCAGCAUGGAAGGCAGUGGGACAGGUCUGCUGUUCUCCAUCUACUCCAUCGGUAACCUCGUUGGUGCAGUAUUUGCAGCACCAAUCUCCGAUGUUUUCGGUCGCCGGAUGGGAAUGUUCGUGGGGUCGUUGAUCAUCACGAUCGGAGCAAUCUUGGAAGCUGUGGGCAGCAAUAUCCAGCUCUUCAUGGGUGGCCGGUUCUUAAUCGGCCUGGGCGUCAGUCUUACCAAUUCAGCUGCUCCGGUGUAUUUGGUGGAAGUAGCGUUCCCACAGUGGCGCGGCCUCUUCGGAGGCCUGUAUAACGUAGUGGGAUACUACACCGGCGCUCUUGCAUGCACAUGGACAGCCUAUGGCACCGGGUUCCUCAGUUCAAACUGGUCUUGGCGAGCACGAGUCAUCAUUCAAGUAGUCCCCUCUCUCGUGGUCAUGGGGGCCGUGUUCUUCCUUCCAGAGAGCCCUCGGUGGCUUUGGGCGAUGGGAAAGCAAGAACAAGCUCGACAGAUGCUGGUCAAGUAUCAUGGAAGUGGAAAGAUCAAUUCUCCACUUGUACGCUGGGAGUGCCGCCAGAUCGAGGAGGACCUUCAAGUGGAGAUUGAAACGGGUGGCCGUCGAUGGUGGGACUUUAAGGUGCUCUUUGAGACCAAAGCAAACCUCUACCGACUGUGGUUGAUCUUCCUGGUUUCUGUUUUCUCCCAGUUCAUCGGUGGCUCCGUCAUUAGUUACUUCAUGCCGGUCAUGUUACAAAAUGCCGGAAUCACAAGCUCGAGCCAGCAGCUUCUCAUGAAUGCCAUCAAUACAGUCAUCUCUUUCGUGAGCGGUCUUGUUGGAACCCUUUUCGUGGACAGAUGGGGCCGUCGCACUCUGUUCUUAUGGGGAACCUUCCUUACAGGACUCGUUUAUAUCCCCCUUACUGUCCAGGCAUCUUUCCCAGUCCCUCAGAUUACCCAGAGCAUGGGAUAUGGCUUCAUUGCGUGUAUCUUCUUAUACGGAGUCUUCUUCUCUUUCUGCUGGAGUACAUUGCAAGCCUUGUACCCGGCCGAGAUUCUCCCCAACGAUAUCAGAGCCAAAGGCGUCGCCUUCCAGGGUUUGAUCUCAGGUGCGGCAAACUUCAUCAACAUGUAUGCAACACCUGUCGCCUUGCAAAAUAUCGGCUGGGAGAUGUAUACAAUUUUCUUGGUCUUCCAUUUUAUGGAGUUUGUGUUCAUGUUUUUCACUCUUCCUGAGACCAAGGGUCGGUCUAUCGAGGAGUUGAACCAUGUCUUUAAGAGCCCGAAUCCAGUUAAGGAGUCGCUGAAGAUGACGACUGUGCUUAUCCACGAGGAUGAUGGGGCCAAGGAAGUUACUGGGGUUUGA